AUCUGAAGACCAGUCAGUCGACGGCACUGUGGAAUGUCAAUGUGCGGAUGUGAACUCAACCAGAAAUUUCUCCCACACUCCCAGCACUGUGUCUUGAGGUGCUCAUGUCAGCUGAUAACCUUUCUUUGGUUUUGUAUGGAUGCCUGAUCAAUGAUGGGUGCGCCCACAAAGUGGACAGCUAUUGUUGUGACAUGCACGGACCGGGCUUCUGUGUUACCCCUUCAGAACGAGCUUGAAGUUCGUCAGAAGAAAGGUCAAAUUGACCGUGAUGUUCUCAUCUUAACAGUUGAAGAUCCUCAUGCUAGGGUGGGAUCAGGGGGUGCUACUCUCAAUGCUCUCCUGGUGGUGUCGGAACAUCUUAGCCAAUGUCGGGGCUACACAGUUGUGAACUCGGACGUGCUGAUGGAUUCACAUAUUCUAAUUUUCCACGUGGGUCGCAGCUUCUCAUUUGAUUCUUGUGGACGAGCAUUUGUAACACUACCAGCCACACAUGCAACCAGUGAGGAAAAAGGCUACGAGGGACUGGUUACAAAUCUAGACAAUCUGAUCGAUACUUUGACAUACAAGCUUUCUGUGGGAUGCCCAUCCGGGGUAUGGGUCUGCAGUACCGAUAUGUUCCUCUUCGUACCGACCACGCCCAAGAUCAACUGGGAUGGUUUCGACGGGGCGUGUGUCAUCGCUGUACCCGCAACUCGGGAGUACGCACGUAACCAUGGCAUCUACAGAAUCGACAAAGAAGGUUUUGUGGAAGACAUUUUCUUCCGUGGUGGCCCUACGGCAAUGAAGAUGUGCUCAUUACAUAACGAUAGAGGAGACCUUUCAGAUGCGGAGGUUUCUUUGGUGUCCGGCAUAGUGUUCCUCGGAGCAAGGGCGGCAGAGAAGUUAUUAUCUCUCCAUAGUCUUCCUGGGUUAGAUGCUUGUACGUACAUGGGACUAGACAGUGGCGUCAAACCAAUUGAGUUGUCCCUGUACUUUGACGUUCUUCUGUGCUUAGCAAAAGAUGUUACAGAGGAGGAGUUCGUCUCUGGAGAGAAGGGCAACAAAUAUGACAAAGCGUACCAGAAGAAACAUUACAGUGAAGGGCUGAUCCGCAGCGUUAGAUCUCUAAUGUGGAAGAAACUACGUGGGAUACCAAUGAAAGCUGUGCUGAUUGAAAACGCAAGGCAUGACUACAUGACAAGAUCAACCAAGGAACAUCUCAGACACGUGACAAACUGUCCGCUUCAAACCGAAGGAGAUGCACAUUUCAACUGGUCUAACAUCACUCACUCACACAUAGAGGAUUGCUGUGAUGUGGACCACUCAGCCGUGAUCACUAACUGCAUCAUGGAGGGCGGAGUGACAAUAGGCCCCAACUGUGCAGUCUCCCACUGCCACCUCAAGCGCAAUGUUGUGAUUCAGAAGGACUGUGUGCUGUCUAAUAUCUGCAGUAAAUCCUCCAAGGUGUUGGCAAGACAUCAGCUUUCUUCUGGAAUUUUCUUACAAGGAUUUCAUGUUCGGCUUGGGGGAAGUCUGAAGACAACUCGGAUGGUCUACACUGUCCUGGGAAAGUUUGACAAUCUUGAUACACCAUACGUGAAAGGGACAAGUACAAUCUGUAAUUCGCCUUGGAUUGUGUUCCUGACAAGAACUGGCAUCGACAAAGAAGAUCUCUGGUCCACUCAUCAGACAGACUAUGAACGCACUCUCUUCAAUGCCAAACUCUUCCCAGUCUGGAACAUUCAAGAAGACGUCGGCAUCAGGGAUACACUGUGGCUAGAAGGCGGGGAACUAGACCCCAUCAUGCUGGCAAGGUGGCGCUCCUCAUGGCGUCUCUCUCUUGAAGAAAUCUUGUCGUGCGUCGACCUCGCUGCUGAAUUCGCUUGGAGAAGGGACGUUUUCUACGAUGGAGGUCGGCGAAGGGUACGGGAAGUUCUGAUCCGAGGUGGGAACCAGAUUCUGAUGCCGUUCUUCAGAAGUGCCGCAGCGGAGGGCUACGGCCAGCAGACUCUGGAGUGCAUAGAUCAAGGAAUUUGUGAGAGCAACUCGCCGAGCAUAGCGGCUCGAGGUCUUGCUUUCAUUGCUAACGUCCUGGGUGCUAUGGCCAAUGGAAAGGGUGGUUUGCGUAGCGGACCAGCGGCUAAUGCUGCAUGGCAAAGUGCCUUUAACCUGCUUGAGGAGGGUAAGAUCUGUGAAGGAGUGAAGGCUUUAGCAAAGGAGCGUAACAAUUGGCUGAGUAGACCAGACCGACUCGUCCGAGCGGCAAGACACUAUGAGGGUGCUGAUCAGAUCUUUAUUAGGCUCUCUGUGAUGGCCUCCAAAGAGUUCAUUUCCACAAAGCCGUGUGAUGCUCCUCCGAUGAAUAAAUGGGUGACGGCAACUUGCCCGGCUAGAAUGGACUUAUCUGGUGGUUGGUCUGACACUCCACCAAUCACCUACGAGCACGGCGGGGCUGUCAUCGAUGCUGCAAUUCGAUUGGACGGCAAGAAGCCAAUAGGAGCCAGGGCCAGGAAGAUUGAAGAGCCACAUAUUAUACUGGUUCUAGGGAAGGACCCAUCUCAGAGUGUUCAGAUUGUCUGCGAGGAACUGUCUCAAAUCAAAGACUAUAACAAUCCACAGGCUUUAGGAGCUUUGUUAAAGGCAGCAGUACACUGUACGGAGUUGGUAAGCCUGUCCUCAUCCGAGUCACUACGAGACCAACUGAUGAGGCUAUACGGAUGCGGGAUUGAGCUCAACACGUGGUCAGAUCUACCUCAUGGAUCAGGUUUAGGAACAAGCAGUAUUCUUGCGGGGGCCGUCAUUGCAGUGCUGUGGAGGCUAUCGGGCAAGGCCUACGAACACGCUUCACUUAUACAUGCAGUACUUCUUUUGGAGCAGAUGAUGACUACGGGUGGAGGAUGGCAGGACCAGGUCGGAGGCUGUACUCCUGGUGUCAACAUUGGCCAUUGUGAGGGCAAACUGCCCCUCAAAGUAGACAUCACCCCCGUCCCACUGAGUGAAGAGAUCCAGUGCAAGUUCAACCAGCACUUUCUACUUGUGUACACUGGAAAAACUAGACUGGCCAGGAACUUGCUCCAAGAUGUCAUCCGGAACUGGUAUGCAAGGUCGUCGCUUCUAGUGGAGAAUUGCGACAAUCUGACACGGAACGCCUGGGAGUGUCGGCAGGCUUUCUUAGAUGGUGACCUCCCAAGAGUGGGUGCCUGCCUAGAGAGGUAUUGGGCCCAGAAGAAGGUGAUGGCCCCAGGCUCGGAGCCACUAGCCGUCCAGCGAAUGAUGGAAGCACUACGGCCGUACGUCUAUGGUCAGUGUCUAGCUGGCGCUGGGGGCGGUGGCUUCAUGUAUGUGAUGACCAAAGAGCCCAAUGCUAUCGGUCAAGUCAGAGAAAUACUUGGGUCACUUGAGGGUUUAGAUGACAUCUCAAUACACACCGUGGAACUCGAUCCCCAAGGCAUUGAGAUAGAGGUUGAGGAUUAAAUCCGAAGAGGUUUUGGGCACAUAAAGACUCUUCACAAAAUGAGGAACGAGGUUGUGGAAUCCGCUUGGACUGCAUCUUGAUGUUUCUGCGGAAGCCCGGUUCGCAUAUUUAAUUUUUUUACACCACUGUUAGAGAAUUUUCCUAAAAAUGCUGGAGAUUUGUUUUUUUGAAAUGAGUGAAUCAGUUAGUUUUUCUUCAAUAAUUAUUUUGCAAUUACGAUGACUCUUUGGGCCCAAAUGGUUACAGGCUUGUUAUUUUAUGAACAAUGUCGGGAUACACCACAUGAGUAUAUAUGUAUUUUUUUUAAGUGGGUAGCAUAUUAUAUUUUUUGUUUCUAUAGUUUACACAUCACAGGGUAUAUCAAUAUAGGAGUAACUAUAAAUAUGAAUAGUAAACUUGCAGGUAUAACUAUGAGUAAAAAUCUCUUUUGAAGGAGUGGUGGCUCUGAAAAGAGCCGGUUUGGUCUCGACGUUUCAAACAGUAUAUACUCUGCUCAUACAUCAAUCUGUUUAAAUAAAUCUUUUGCAUAUUUUAUCACGAAUGUCUUCCUAGAUCCGACACAAAGUGAAAUGCUUUAUUUUCGUUCUACAAUCACAUUGUGCCUUAAAAUGACAUUCAUAAAUAUCUCGAGACAGUUUCCUACUCCUAUUGGUGGAGAGCGCGUCGCGUGGGUGUGCAUAAGCCUUUUGUUAAUGCACGCUGGAGCUCUGUUUAUGCACACUGAGCUGGCUGCCGCGUGUCGGGUGCGCAAGAAAUAUCAUGCGCAACGCGAUUCAUAGCUAUCAGCGCGUAACCUAAGCGCGCGCGCGCGUACACACAACCCACGCGCAUCGAACAGAUUCUUCACAAAGUUUUGGAAA